CUCUCGUAUCCAUCAUCCAUGUCAUCUUUCGGGCACAAACGGGCUCCUGGUGCGCCACCAUCACGGCAUGGUAACUUCUUUGCCCCAUGGGGAACAGUGACUUGGAUGGAACCUGCCGAUCAUGACUAACAGAAAACAACAGUAGGAUUAUCCUAAUUUCAUAUCAUCCUCUCCUCCCGUCCGUGGCCGUUGUGUGUCGGGUCGAGUUCGAUCAAGAAUGGGCGACGAGACCUCCCCAGACCUGGGAACACUCCUGGCACUGUGGCCUGUUGCAAGCAGCCUGACUGAGCAUCUUCCUGUUGGGGACUUGAUUACUCUCGCAAGGCUCAGUGUCACUCUUCGUGCGGUUCUCCAUGGCUUCGCAAGGCCGCUGGAAAUUGACCCAACCCCUGCACAUUCUCAUCGAGUUCGUGAAGAUCUGAAGAUCGGUCAACAUGCCACAAUGUACUGGCAGAGACUCAAGAGUCGAGCUCCAUUCGAAUGCUCGUCUCGCACUCACACCAAGGGUUCUGCUCCAAGGCCGUGUCGCUACUGCUCCAGACCAAUCUGUGCAGCGUGUAUUGUACGAUCAUCUUUUGCUCGAGGUCACGAGAACACCUUCCAGAACCGGACUCGGUACCUAUGCAAGGCUUGCUGGGAGUCAGGGAAUUCCAGUCAAAGUCACCCUUUUCCGCUUGAUUCUUCUAAACCAGUGACGAAACGGAAGCAAUGGCAUGAUCCUCACGGUAGCACCAAAGACUAUUGCACAUGCACUCUGAAGGACGAUGGCUGGCUCUGUCUCGAAUGCAAAGACCGGCAGAAUUGGGAAGCGAUCUCGUCUGGAGAAACCAUUUGCCAUGGCAAGAAUUGUGGAGCUGAGCUUGAUCCUGAUAAGGAGCGAAGGAGAAUCUGCCUCUGGUGCGAUAGAGCGUUGCCCAUGCAGAUUGGAGGCACAACUCGUCACCAUUGGAACCAGAAGAUGGUCGAAGCACGAGCCAGAAAUGCUGCUUCUCGUCAAGCCGAUCUUGAAGAAUACAACCGCAGACGUCUGAGAUUGAUGCGGAUGUCGCGCAGAGAAAUGCGAGGCGACGAGGCAGUCAAAGGCGACCCAGAUGCCGACAUCCCUCAAUUUGUCAGACAUCUCGACACCAUCAAUUACCGCAGCUUCAUGGGUGAAUCUGCGGCUCCCACUGGUGACAGCGUAUACGACUCAAAGAGAGGAUAUUGGAGGUACGGCAUGGAGUUUGUCUUGAAGAUCGGGGCCCGUUGUAAACACGUCUCAAUGCCACCACAACUGGCGGACCUCAAUCAGACACACCCUGGAGGCCUGCGUUUCGCACGUACAAACGCCGAGAAAUCAGACGACAUCUUCUCAUUUACUGCCAUGGUGCCCUCCAUGUCAAAGGAGAGACUCAAGGAGUGGUGUACUUUGAAACCUACCAUUCUCGAGCUGCUGCUUGUGCAGAAAUUGACCUAUGAAGAAACCCAAAGCGCGAUGCAAGAAGACUAUGACUUUCACGCCAGCAUCAAAGAAUAUCGGAAAGUCCUACACUUGUGGUACUCCCAAGGCCAUAUUGACCAUUAUCGAAGAGGAUCAUCCCUUGGCCGCGAAGAUGAUCGCGGGCAAAGUCCUGCAUCCUCCUUGGCUGCUGAUGAUACAGGACUGGAGAGAAUACCCACUCUGAACAGCGAUCUUGCCUCCUCAGACGAGCGUCAAUUACGUCGGACUACGACCGGCACAAGUACUUUUUCCAGCGUUGAAGAUCGUGAAAUCGACUCUACAAAGUUUCGUCUCAGCAAAUCAACCGAUGCUCUGAAGAGGAAGAUGGAGCAAUAUCGACAAUCACUUUCGUCGGGAGGAGAACACUCUGCCACAGCGGCUGCUGUUCCACAACCGUCAAGCGAAGAGUCGGCCGACACACUGACGCGCACAGAAAGCGAUGACUUGGCACCCGGACUCGACUCCGUGGUUCUUGACCCUGCUGAAAAUGGGGAUGAUCCUCCGCCAUACUCUCCAGAUGGGUGGAUCUGGCCGUAAUGUUUACGUUAUAACGCCUGAUAACAGCAGGAUUAUCUGAAACCUUCCGUUUUUUACUUCCCUUUCUAAAGAAUCAAAGAUAAAGCGGCAAGGCUUUGCCUUUCCUGGGUGGGAAAAGGAAAAGCAUGAAAAGACGUGGAAUACAACGGUCGAGACGAGGGAUGCCGCCCACGACAACCGUCCCAGGCGAAGGAGCAGAGGGAAACCCCCGUGCAUGGAAGCGCGUGCGGGAGACGGAAAAGGGCUGGGUAUAACCACGACGCUGGAUUACGGAGGCAGAGAACAAUAGGAAAUCAUCAGCCGAAUGAAAAUAAAGAAACAACAUGGAUACGAUUCCAGUCUGCAAGGGCUGCCCACACGCGCACCGACGCCGGAUUUAUGUAACGGUCAUUUUUAUGUCCCCCAUCCAGUCUGCUGCAACAACACUCACCACAACCAUGUCAAGUUUCGUACAAUUCCAAUUUACUCCCUGUUUCGUCAGACUGUCCAAACCCAAUACCACUGGCGGGUCCACCGUCUCUAACACCUCUCGCC